UUUUUUUUUCUCUUUCCAAGCUGUGGAGGAUUGUGCCAUCUACAGAAUCUGUGGGUUCAGUGAGAUUUCUUUUCCUUGUCUCUGGUUCUCUGUCUGUGUGUUUCUCUCAGCUGCCUGACAUGAACUUGAAGAUCUGUCUCUCCAAAAUGUGUGUUCUAUUUGGGGAUUGUAUCACUUCUCCAUCCUUGCAAUAUGCAAAGGCUUCUUGUCCCUGAAAAUCUGCUGGCUGAAAGGAAAAGGGGGAAUAUUCAGCACUGCAAGUCCUGAGAGAAGGGGAAUGUGUGGAUGGUCUUUUGGAUACAGUGUAUUGUGCAAGGAGAGCUCACUGUGCAGAGGGUUUGCAAUGUCUCUGUGAUUUUGCUAUUUGGUGAUGAAGAUUAGAUUGCAUUUCUCCAUCUCAAAAGGCUGUGUUGAUUGUGGAUUCAUGGUAUUGGGGAAGCUGUUCAAAUGCCUGGGAGAUUCUUUUUGCACAAACAAGGAUAGCUGCUACUUGUGAGAGUGAACCAACAAAUACUUCAACAAACUGAGUUAAAAGUUUUCCUGGUGAAAAAUGUAAAACCAUCUCCCAGAGUAAAACUCUUUUAAAAAGUCAUUGUGAUUAAGGUAUAAGGCUGCCCAACGCCUGAAGGAAAUCGUUAAACUCUUCAAUAUAAAAUUGCUCUUUACCAGCACAAAUCCUGAUUAAAGUCAGAUAGGAUUUCUAAAAGGCAUCCUACAUUGUGGAUGAGAUAUAUGUCAAGCUUACACCAGCGCCUCCAUGAAUAACGAUGAUUGUAAAGAGCAGGUGAUCUUUUGAAGCAAGUAAAACAAAAAAAAAGGAACCGGAACAGAGGCCAUGUGUUCUUUUAUUCUGCAAAGCAUCCCUUAUUAAAUUUAGGGUGUCUUCACUUGACUUACCAUGGAAAAGAUCCUCUGCAGUCUUCUCGUGUUUGGAAUGGCAGUAAUGGUCAAAUCAUGUCCAAAGUAUUGUGUCUGUCAAAACUUAUCAGAAUCCUUAGGGACAUUGUGUCCCUCAAAGGGCCUCCUUUUUGUACCAAUAGACAUUGAUCGAAGGACAGUUGAACUGCGACUUGGGGGGAAUUUCAUUAUAAGCAUCAGUCGACAGGACUUCGCUAACAUGACUGGUCUUGUUGACCUUACCUUGUCUAGAAAUACAAUUAGUUAUAUCCAACCCUUUUCUUUUUUUGAUCUAGAAAGCCUUAGAUCAUUGCAUUUAGAUAGUAAUAGGUUAACUAACCUUGGAGAUGAUAUAUUUAGAGGUUUAAUCAAUCUUCAGCAUUUGAUAAUGAAUAAUAAUCAGCUUAACAGCAUCUCAGAUGAUGCUUUCGAAGACAUCCUACAAACUCUAGAAGACUUGGAUCUUUCUUAUAAUAAUCUUAAAAGCAUUCCAUGGGAUGCUAUUAGACGGAUGAUUAACCUGCAUCAGCUAAGUUUGGACCACAAUCUAAUUUAUUAUAUAACAGAAGGCACAUUUCAGGAUUUGCAUAAAUUAGCCAGAUUAGAUUUAACAUCUAACAGACUACAAAAGCUACCUCCAGAUCCAAUAUUUGCAAGGUCCCAAAUAUCAAUGACAUCUGCAACCCCUUUUUUGCCCCCAUUGUCACUCAUUUUUGGAGGAAACCCCCUACACUGUAAUUGUGAGCUGCUCUGGCUAAGGAGACUUGAGCGAGAAGAUGAUAUGGAAACAUGUGCUUCACCCUCUCCUCUUAAAGGAAGAUAUUUUUGGUAUGUACGAGAAGAGGAAUUUAUCUGUGAACCACCCUUGAUUACUCAACACACCCAAAAGCUCUUGGUUCUGGAAGGACAAACUGCUUCACUAAAAUGUAAGGCUGUUGGAGAUCCUGCUCCAGUCAUACACUGGGUUGCACCUGAUGGACGCCUUAUUGGGAAUUCCUCUAGGACAGCUGUCUAUGAGAAUGGCACUUUAGAUAUCCUUAUAACCACGUCUAAGGAUUAUGGAACUUUUACUUGCAUUGCAGCAAACGCUGCAGGAGAAUUAACAGCACCAGUUGAAUUGUCAAUCAUUCAGUUACCGCAUCUUAGCAAUGGUACUGUUCGUGCACCUCCGCCAAAAUCAGUGCUCUCUGAAAUCACCAGCUCUAGCAAAUCCAACCGAGGAGAAGCCAAGCCUCCACCAGAGAGGGCUGUUGUGGUUUCAGAGGUGACAGCUACCUCAGCUAUGGUCAAAUGGUCAGUGAGCAAAGCUGCUCCGAAGGUCAAAAUGUACCAACUGCAAUACAACUGCUCAGAUGAUGACGUUCUCAUUUACAGGAUGAUCCCUGCUUCAAACAAAGCCUUUGUCGUGAACAACCUUGUAUCUGGGACCGCUUAUGACCUCUGCGUGUUGGCCAUUUGGGAUGAUACUGCAACAACCCUCACAGCUACAAACAUAGUGGGGUGUGCCCAGUUCUUUACCCUAGAGGACUAUCAACAGUGCCAGUCCAUGCACAGCCAAUUCUUGGGGGGCACAAUGAUUCUAGUAAUUGGAGGCAUCAUAGUUGCUACAUUGCUGAUCUUCAUUGUUAUAUUAAUGGUAAGAUAUAAAAUUUGCAACAAUUCCCAGGGGAAGAUGGCCAAUGUCAGCAAUGUCUAUUCUCAGACUAAUGGAGCAAAUACAGUACAAAAUGGGGUUCCACCUCAGGUCAAUCCAAAAGUGGUGGUGAGAAAUGAACUAAUGGAAUUCAACUGUGGUUCAAUGCACAGUAGUGUCUCAUCCUCUUCUAGCUCUGUGAAUAGCCCAGACUGUGAUGACGAUAGUCUACAGAGUACUCAAAGCACUUUGUCUAAUAAGUGGCGAUCUGCCUCCAGAUCUAAACACAACAUUGAUAGACUAAUGGGAGCAUUUGCCUCCCUGGAACUAAAGUGUCAGAAAAAGGAGGACACUGUGGACUCCAGGACUACAACUACAGUCCACCUGUCAGACAAAGAGCCUUUGCUGGGCCACCAAGAGUCCAAAGUCCAUAGCCUCCUUAUGUUACCCCUGGAGGGCAAAACAAAACGUAGCCAUUCUUUUGAUAUGGGGGACUUUGCCACAACACAAUGCUGUAGUUACCCAAGAAAGAUUACAAACAUUUGGACUAGGAGAAGCCUUUCAGUUAAUGGCAUGUUAUUACAAUAUGAUGACAGUGAAUUUACAGGGAAUGCAACUAAGGGUACUUAUGACAGCUCAGAAUGGGUAAUGGAAAGUACAGUGUAAAUACAUUUCUCCAUUCUUAUCUUAUUUCUAUAAACUUGCCUAAUGUUGGCAAGCAUAGAGUACAAUACAAUGUUACAUGAAAAUUUAUUACUAGAUCUCUGGAAUCAGAGAUGGGUAAAGACAGCAGGUACAACAGAAACUGGCAGUUGUGCUAAGCGUUGGCUGUAGUGGACUGUUCAACAAAACAGAUAAGAUCCACAUAUUUUAGUCUAAGUGCUCUUUAUCAGAUACACUCAAGGAAAGGAGAUGACUGAAGAAGGGAUUUUUAUUCCCGAGCUCAAAGUUCAGCAGUUCAAGGACCCUGGAGGCAUCGGUGAAGUGAUGAAACAAGUCAAUCAUCCUCAUUCUACAUCAUUUGUGGGCACAUUAACUGUUUAUUUUUUUAUUAAUUUAUUUUACUCAUUUGUUUCGUUAAUUUAUACCUGUAACAUUUGAGAUAGCUAUUUAAAUUAACUAAUAAACAUGCCAGAAACCGUAUUAUUUUAAAUUUAUUUUUUCAAAAGAAUAAAGUCAGA